UUUUUAAAAAUGGCGGCCCGCAUCUUCGCACUCCUUCACAAUCGCUGCUUGAGUGUUUUGCGAAGCGAUGCCGUGUUGCUUCGCGGCGCUCCGUCAUCGCACACUGGGAGCCGUCGAGGCUUCAAGACAUCGUGGGUGUCGCGCAUGUUCAUCCAGACCCAAGACACUCCCAACCCGAACUGCCUCAAGUUCUUGCCGAACGUGAAAGUGCUCGAGCAAGGCACCCGCGACUUUCCGAACAUCGCGAGCGCGAAGGACUCCCCGCUGGCGCGUCACUUGCUUCGCGCGGAAGGCGUCAAAGCCGUGUUCCUGGGCCCGGACUUCAUCACCGUGACGAAGGCGGACGACGAGACGGAGUGGAAAGUCGUCAAGCCGCACGUCUUCGCGGCCAUCAUGGACUUCUUCGCCACCGGACUGCCCGUGCUGGACGACGGCAGUGCUACGACCCAGCUGUCCGAAGACACGCAGCCGAAAGAAGGCGAUAGCGAGACGGUGCUGACGAUCAAGGAGCUGAUCGAGACGAGGAUAAGACCGACGGUGCAAGAGGACGGUGGCGACAUCGUCUACAUGGGCUUCGAGGACGGCGUCGUCAAGCUGAAGCUGCAAGGUUCUUGCACGGGAUGCCCGAGUUCGUCGGUGACGUUGAAGGCGGGAAUUCAAAACAUGCUGCAGUUCUACGUGCCUGAAGUUAAGAGCGUCGAGCAAGUUGUGGACGAGGCGGAGAAAGUCUCGAACCAAGAAUUUGAAAAACUGGAAGACACGAUACGACGGAAAGGAGUGGAUCCGUAAUGACGUUAUAAGUAACUUUAGCAGUGGCGCACCAGUUUA